AUGGCCGAUGAUCACCCCCUUCGCGGAAAUGAUCAUGACCGCCAUUACUGGGGAAUAUUGCAUCAACAGGUGAUUGAUCUUACCGAAGAUCGCUCCAGAUCUCCCAUCCGCCACCGGGGUAACGGCACCGAUUCGCGCGAUCGCGACACUGCUGCUACUGUUGGCCGCCAUACUCCAGGCUGCGCCUGCCCUUGGCACCUGCCCCUGUCGAUCUUUUUGCCCUCCCAGAAGCCUGGUUCUCAAAUCCAGGGCUAUUCUGACCUCACUACUGGUGAGAUGAAGUCACUUGUUAUCCUCGUUAAGCACGGAAUCAAGGCUACGUUUCACACUGCCGACAACGUUACUACUGUCGGACAUCUUUGA